AUGACUGUGUCAUUGAUAGGACUUGAUGCAUCAACAGCGAGUAAUGUUAUGAAUUGUCUCAAAGAUCUAUCUCGACGAGGACGUACAGUAAUCUUUUCUAUUCAUCAACCACGCUCUUCUAUCUUUAAAAUCUUCGAUACAGUUAUGUUUAUGUGCAAAGGUCGAUGUGUUUAUCAUGGUUCAAUUAAAGAUGUUAUUCCAUACUUUGCAAGGCAUGGAUAUCAAUGUGAACCAUAUGAGAAUCCAGCUGAUUAUGUAUUAGAUGUUUUAAUAGAUGUUAGUCGAAAGCCAGAAAUACUAAUAAGAUUGAAUAAUCUAUAUAAUAUUACCCAUGUAGAUCUGUCGGCACUCGUCCAUCGACAAGAUAGUUCAAUCAAUCAUGAAAAUAUUGAGCAUGAGCGACGAAAAUAUAAGGUUAAAGCAGCUCGUUCAGUUGGAGCAGAAAUCUUUUAUUUGUCACAGAGAACAUUACGUAAUGCUAUGCGCAAUCCAGCAUUAGCAUUAUCACAAACUCUUGCUUCUAUUAUUAUUGUCAGAUUUUUAGUAACUUGA